AUGACCGCCCAAGAAACACAACCAGCCUUCCAGAUCCACUACUUCUCCAGCGCGUCAUCCUACACAAAUAAAGCAACCGAGACGCUCCCCGCUCCUCUCCCACUGUCCAGGCUCUUUGAUGUCCUGGAGGAACGAUACCCCGGUAUCAGGGACAAGGUGCUGGUUAGCUGUGGGGUGAGUCUGGGAGAGGAGUAUGUGGAUGUUGAGGCCGACGGUGAGGUAGUGAUUGGGGCUGGAGACGAGGUCGCGAUUAUUCCGCCUGUUAGUUCGGGGUGA